GAUCAGAUCAACAUCAAGCAAGUGGCCAAGAAAGAAUGUGGAUUUAGAGGCUUCUAUCACAAACAUUUCAUUUAGACUAAAAUGGAAGGAGAAAAGGGCAGUAACACAGAAGAGACACCAAUAAAGUCAUAUGCAGGCAUUCCAGAAGCAGUGUUUGUUGAUGAUGUGGACGCUUUCAUGGCAUUGCCAGAAAAUGAUGGUGUGGAAACAGUAUUAAAAAGGCUAGAUGAACAGCAUAGUAAAUAUAAAUUCAUGGAGUUGAAUUUAGCUUCAAAACGGAAGAGGUUGAGGGUUCAAAUACCCGACCUUGAACACACUUUGAAGAUGGUAAAAAUGCUGCAGAAUCAGAAGAGUUCCCCAGAAGAAUUUGAAGCUCAGUUCCUCCUCUCAGAUCAAGUUUACAUGAAGGCCACAAUACCUCCAACGGACAAAGUCUGUUUGUGGCUAGGUGCUAAUGUCAUGUUGGAGUAUACGUUAGAAGACGCUAUGGCACUCCUGAACAAAAACAUCGAAACAGCGAAGAAAAAUCUGAGUCAUGUUGAACACGAUUUAGAUUUUCUCAGAGAUCAAUUCACAACCACAGAAGUAAACAUGGCCCGGGUAUACAACUGGGACGUAAAGAGGAGGCAAGCCGCAAAAGCAUCAUCAUGAAUCAACACUAAUUUGUCUACUAAUUUUUUAACUUUUAUUUUAUUUGUUUUGAUAAUGUAUUAAUUAUUUUCUGUUAUUUACUUUGUCACCUUUACAAUGCAUGCAAUAAUUGCAACAAGCUUAAUAAAUAUUUUCCUUAACAUUC